CGAUGCUGUCUACAAUUUGCUGUUCGACUCUCAGCAUGGAUUGCAUGUACCGCGAUUGUGACGAGUGCAAGGAUCGAAGGGUACCAUUUCAGCCCUACGAACAGACUGACCAGGUUAUCUGGGAAGAGUGGCGGGUAGUUGAUCAUGAAUACAUGAAUAAAACAACUAAGAAGAUCGAUAAAACAAAGAGGACGGAGAAAGUGAAGCUCGAAGGAACAAUGGAUGAAUUGACUGAUCGGUUCGAAGAAAACCUUGGUAGAAAACUGGCCAGACACGUCUUCAAUAUUCGACAUCAGUACCAGCAGCUAAAGUUGAAGAAAGAAUCUCUUGCUGAAAAUGAAAUGCUCAUGCAUAUAGACUUUAGCGAAAAUUAUACUCUCAAGUAUCAUUCAGAAAUUCAAAGUUGCCACUUUGGUGCGUCCAACCAACAGGUCACACUACACACUGGGAUGUUGUACAUGCAGAAAGAAAGUCGUGGGUUUGCAUCCAUAUCGAGUUGUAGGAGGCAUGAUGCAGCAGCCAUAUGGGCCCAUCUGAAGCCAUUGUUCGAUGAUGUAGCCCAACAUCAUCCUGAAAUAGACACGGCCUACUUCAUAUCUGAUGGUCCGACAACUCAAUACCGAUGCAAAACCAACUUUUUCCUCAUGUCAACUCUCCCAUACGAAUGGGGAAUUAAAUGUGUGAACUGGUCUCUGCUAGAAGCUGGCCAUGGAAAAGGAGCUGCUGAUGGAAUUGGCGGUGUCCUCAAGCGUACUGCAGACCGUGUGGUUGUGGCUGGUGCAAAUCUAACUGACGCAGAGUCAGUAUACAAAGCAUUGCACGAGAAUACCCGUAUCUCACUGUACAUGGUAACAGAAGAAGAUGUCCUGAAGAUUGACCAGUAUGUCAAUAGUAGUGCUGGUACCCAACUUCGCUCGAUUCCGGGGACCAUGUCGUUCCACCAGCUUAUAUCUGUAGAAAAAGGCAAGCUACAGUGUCGGAGAGUAAGUUGCUUCCAGUGUGAAGGGCUCUCUUGUCAAUGCUACAAGCCGGUCACACACACCUUCCAUUUGAAUGGGUGAGGUAGAUCUUUGGCCCGGCUAUAGCAGGCACCAAUCUUGUUUAGUGUUGUUCCUUGUUCAUUGUUGAAGUUCAUAUCUACUAUACAGUCUAUUCAGAAAUAAAAUGUCAUCAUCCUUUCGAUUUUAACAAACUAGGUAUUAUUUUGACAUUUUUGGACCCAACAAGUGUGAAAGUUCCAGCAAAAUCGGAAAUCUGUUUGUAUAAAGUCCAUUAAAACUUUCCAAAAUGUCGCAAUGCAUUUUCCAUUAGUUUUUUUGUGUGAUUUUGAGAAAAGUUUUAAUAGACUAUAGAAACUUAGAUAUUUAUUUUUAUAAGAUAUUUCAUUACUUGGUUGAUUUUGCUGUAACUUUCACAUGUUGGGUCUGGAAAUGUGCGUCAAAAUGACACAUAAUUUCCUUAAAAAUUGGUUUUGUAGUUUCGUGUCAAUUAGUGCCUGAAAGGAUGGUGACAUUUCAUUUCAGAAUAGACUAGUAUUUCCUUGACCAUGUUGACUCGGCAUACUGUAUCCCAGAAAGUUUGUCCUCGGAUCUCAAUUAUUGCCUUUAGGCCUACGUGCAGGACACAUGGCUCAAAGGUAUUAUCGGGCCGCCUACCUCCACUCAUUCUGGUCUGCUACAUCCGAAGGUCAUGGCUAAGUAUACAUGUACGUGUAUGUCCGAAUGGCAUGUUAGGUAAAGAAUAAGUUCUGGUCAGUUAAAGUUAAUAAAAUGUUACUGAAAUUACAUGUAA